UAGAGGCAAUCCAUUAAAAUCGGUUUCAGUAUUCGUUCAUAUUUUGAGUAUUGUGUGCGAAGAUUUAUUCAUCUCAGUGAUGAAGUCCAUACAUUUUUUUAUUUUGACUAUUGCUUUAUUCUGGACAUCAAGCGCGGCAAACGAAGAGCUGGGAAAUGCCAUUAAAGCAUGCCGUGAAAAAUUCCCAGGAAGUGAGAUUGCAGUUGAUAAUGCAUCCAGCAGCAAAGAACUAUCCAAAAAGGAUAAAUGUUUUGUAAAAUGCGGCUUAGAGGCACAAAAAACGAUUGUGAAUGGUGUUUUGAAUCUUAAUCCAGAGGAAAACACCGCGAUCACAGCCAAAAUUAACGACCAAUGUGCGUUGAUAAAAGACAGCGACGAAUGUGAAUAUGCGGCGAAACUGAGAGAUUGCAUUAAAGAGGUCCUCAAAACGACACCGAUUGCAUAGUUUGUUCACAUUGUAUUCCGUUUGCGAAAAUGGCACUAAAAUCGAUAAAAGUUGGCCAUUCUGUUUAGUAAAUUCUUUAUUAAUGAUCAUUGAUCAAUGUAUACUUCAAAUUUAUUAACAAAUAAAAGAUGCGCCGCGACGAUUACCUGAA